GGUUACUGCGUGUACACUUCAUUGGUCCCGGUGGUGAUGGCCACAGCAGAAGUUCACUGUCAAAGUAUAAGUGGUCGACUCAUGUCAGUGAAAGAUUUAGGAGCGAUGCAGUUUUUGACAAAUUAUUCAUUAACACAUAGCGUUAGUGCCAGUUGGAUAGGACUGGACGACAGGGUGGUUGAAGGUGUCUACAUUUGGUCUGAUGGAACUCCCGCCAACAUGUCAGAAAUAGCAAAGUUCUGUUUUCCGGGAGAACCUACCAAUAGCAAUAACGUAGAGGACUGUUUCGUUUUUGAACACAGACCUGAAGGCUUCGGUCUGAACGAUGGCUCCUGCACUGGAUCAUUUCCAUUUAUUUGUGAAUACGUGGUUUAG